CUCUUCCCUGUAGAGACCUGUCUAUGAGCUCCAGCCUCCGGUGAACGUCACACGUUGGGGAAGUCCGUCACCGCGGCUGUUGGACCUGCUGCAGCUUUCGAGGUUCCGAUCGGUUCCAUUUUUUAUUUAGGUUCAAACCGAGACUCUUAACGUCGGCCUCUAAACCAAUUGUCGAUCAACGAAAACGCUGUGGAUUUUAACUGUCUUCAUACUAAUCCCGGAAACCCGUCAGUAAAGGGAAAGUUGAGAGAGUCGAGAUGAGCGUGGAGGCGUACGGGCCGAGCUCCCAGACCCUCACCUUCCUGGACACCGAGGAAGCGGAGUUGCUCGGAGCGGACACCCAGGGCUCGGAGUAUGACUUCACCGACUUCACCCUUCCCAGUCAGACGCAAACUCAAGGGCAGACACAGAGCCAGCUGGACAGCCAGGUAAAUGGUCCUGAUGAGGGUCUUCACAACGGUGGAGUGGAUGAUUCCGUGGCCAAAGCCAGCCAACUGUUGGCCGAGCUGAACUUUGAGGAGGAUGAAGAGGACACGUACUACACCAAAGACCUACCCUUGCACGCGUGCAGCUACUGUGGUAUCCACGAUCCAGCGUGUGUGGUAUACUGCAAUACCAGCAAGAAGUGGUUCUGUAAUGGGCGUGGCAAUACAUCUGGCAGCCAUAUUGUAAACCAUUUGGUGAGAGCCAAGUGCAAAGAAGUGACACUGCAUAAAGAUGGGCCGCUGGGCGAAACCGUGCUGGAGUGUUACAACUGCGGCUGUCGCAACGUCUUUCUCCUGGGCUUCAUCCCAGCUAAGGCUGAUUCUGUGGUGGUGCUACUCUGCAGGCAGCCCUGUGCCAGCCAAAGCAGCCUGAAGGACAUCAACUGGGACAGCUCGCAGUGGCAGCCGCUGAUCCAGGACCGAUGCUUUCUGUCCUGGCUGGUGAAGAUCCCGUCAGAACAGGAGCAGCUUAGAGCCCGUCAGAUCACGGCCCAGCAGAUCAACAAGUUGGAGGAACUCUGGAAGGACAAUCCCACUGCCACCUUGGAAGACCUGGAGAAACCUGGAGUAGAUGAGGAGCCCCAGCAUGUACUGCUGCGUUACGAGGAUGCUUAUCAAUACCAAAAUAUAUUUGGCCCUUUGGUCAAAUUGGAAGCUGACUACGACAAGAAGCUUAAGGAGUCACAGACUCAAGAUAAUAUAACGGUUAGGUGGGAUCUGGGGCUGAACAAAAAGCGGAUUGCCUAUUUCACUCUUCCUAAGACGGAUUCAGGUGGUAAUUCUCUAAACUUUCCUUCCUCCCAGUGGUUCUGUGAUAUGCGGCUGAUGCAAGGUGAUGAGAUUUGUCUGCGGUACAAGGGAGACCUGGCCCCACUGUGGAAGGGCAUCGGUCAUGUCAUCAAGGUCCCAGACAACUAUGGAGAUGAAAUUGCCAUUGAGUUGCGGAGCAGUGUUGGAGCACCUGUGGAAAUCCCCCACAACUUCCAGGUGGACUUUGUGUGGAAGUCAACUUCCUUUGAUAGGAUGCAAAGCGCCCUGAAGACGUUUGCGGUGGAUGAGACCUCAGUGUCUGGCUACAUUUACCACAAACUCCUGGGCCAUGAGGUCGAGGAUGUCACCAUUAAGUGCCAGCUGCCAAAGCGCUUCACUGCCCCAGGCCUUCCUGACCUCAAUCACUCACAGGUGUAUGCCGUGAAGACGGUGCUUCAGAGACCUCUUAGUCUGAUCCAGGGGCCACCUGGCACUGGGAAGACCGUCACCUCUGCCACGAUUGUGUACCACUUGUCCCGACAGGGCAACGGACCAGUUUUGGUGUGUGCUCCCAGUAACAUUGCUGUGGACCAGCUGACUGAGAAGAUCGAUAAGACUGGACUGAAGGUUGUCAGGCUGUGUGCCAAGAGCAGGGAGGCCAUCGAGUCCCCUGUGUCUUUCCUUGCUUUACACAACCAGAUCAGCAACAUGGACAGUAUGCCGGAGCUUCAGAAACUACAGCAGCUAAAAGAUGAGACUGGUGAGCUGUCGUCUGCUGAUGAGAAACGCUACAGGGCUCUGAAGCGCACUGCUGAGAGGGAGCUGCUCAUGAACGCUGACGUAAUCUGCUGCACUUGUGUCGGAGCUGGAGACCCUCGUCUGGCCAAGAUGCAGUUUCGUUCGAUCCUGAUCGAUGAGAGCACCCAAGCCACUGAGCCCGAGUGUAUGGUGCCCGUGGUGUUGGGAGCAAAGCAGCUUAUUCUGGUGGGUGACCACUGCCAGUUGGGUCCUGUGGUGAUGUGUAAGAAGGCGGCUAAAGCAGGUCUGUCGCAGUCCCUGUUUGAGCGCCUGGUGGUCCUGGGGAUCCGGCCGAUCCGCCUGCAGGUCCAGUACCGAAUGCACCCGGCUCUCAGUGCCUUCCCCUCUAACAUUUUCUACGAGGGAUCCCUGCAGAAUGGCGUCACUGCAGCUGACCGCAUCAAGAAAGGCUUUGACUUCCAGUGGCCACAACCAGACAAGCCCAUGUUCUUUUACGUUACUCAAGGUCAGGAGGAAAUCGCCAGCUCUGGAACCUCGUACCUUAACAGGACUGAAGCUGCAAACGUGGAGAAAAUCACCACCAGGCUGCUGAAGGCGGGAGCCAAACCCGAUCAGAUCGGCAUCAUCACCCCAUACGAGGGUCAGCGCUCCUACCUGGUCCAGUACAUGCAGUUUAGCGGCUCCCUGCACACCAAACUCUAUCAGCAAGUGGAAAUUGCCAGCGUGGACGCCUUUCAGGGCAGAGAGAAGGACUUCAUAAUCCUGUCUUGUGUUCGAGCCAACGAGCACCAGGGAAUCGGCUUCCUGAACGACCCUCGCCGUCUCAACGUGGCGCUGACCAGGGCCAAGUAUGGUGUGAUCAUUGUGGGCAACCCCAAGGCGCUCUCCAAGCAGCCACUGUGGAACAACCUGCUGAACAACUACAAGGAGCAAAAGGUCCUCGUGGAGGGCCCCCUAAACAACCUGAGGGAGAGCCUCAUGCAGUUCAGCAAGCCCCGCAAACUGGUCAACACCAUCAACCCUGGAGGACGUUUUAUGAGCACUGCAAUGUACGAUGCCCGUGAGGCUCUCAUCCCUGGUUCUGCAUACGACCGCAGCAAUGGUGGACGUCCAUCUAAUAUGUACUUCCAAACACAUGACCAGAUUGGGAUGAUUGGUGCAGGCCCAGGUCCCAUGGCUGCUAUGAAUAUUCCUAUACCCUUCAACUUGGUGAUGCCACCAAUGGCUCCACCUAGCUAUCUAGGUCAGACCAAUGGCCCUGCUGCAGGACGUGGAGCAAUGAAAGGUAAGCCUGGGCGUGGCGGGCGGCAGAGGCUCCGUGGUUCAGCACACCAGGGUGCCAGUCAGGGUAAUGGACCCAACAGUCAGGCCAGCCAGGAUGGAGCCUCCCAAUCCUUCUCCCAGGGGCCACUGACACAAGGCUACAUCUCCAUGAGCCAGCCCUCACAGAUGAGCCAACCUGGCCUCUCCCAGCCAGAGCUCUCCCAGGACAGCUACCUGGGUGACGAGUUCAAGUCCCAAAUCGACGUGGCUUUGUCCCAGGACUCGACCUACCAGGGUGAACGUGCGUACCAGCAUGGCGGUGUGACUGGACUGUCGCAGUACUGAAGUGUUACCCAAAGAAGGGAGCUAGGCUUGAGCUGAGCUUAGUUCAUCAGCUUUUUAAUCUGGGAAAUAAUAAUAACAUAAAAUGGAUACCUGUUUUCCUCUGCUACAACCGAAGCACCACCAUGUGAAAGCGACGGGAUAGCGAAACCAAACCAAUGACCAGCGAGAGAAACAAAGAGGGUAGAAGAAGAAGAAGAGAGCACGAACAGACAGGCAGGGAGAUGGCAUAAGAUGCCGAGUGAACAAGCGAGAGGCAGGAACCAAUGCCCGUGCAGAGUGAAGGAGGGAGGUCGAAAAGAUGGCGGCUUGUGGUCGGGCUGCUGAGGGAAACACAAGAGGUCUAAACGGUCUCUCAUGGGAAUCCAAAUGAGGUUGAGCUCAAAAUAAAAUAAUCUUCCCAACACCUUCCCAUCCACAGCGUCUGAGAAAAGUUUAUACGCUCGUCUUCAGGUGAAGAUCGUAGCUUUUCAGCAGAAUUUGAAGAAACCUGGUUUCACGACCUGGUUGCAGUUCUGCUUCCCCGUGCUAAAAGCUGGUUGACUCUCAACCUGUGCAGUGCCCUGGACUAUUUUUAAAAUUAGGUUUGACAUGGGAGAAGCGUGCUACCUACUGUCUUCUACUGGACCCUCCAAACCUCAGCAGCCUCUAAAGAAAGCGGCAGUCGACGGACCCUCUCAGAGAGGAAUGACAAACUCUGUUUCUGUGUCUGAGUCUGAUAUUGAAAUGCCUUUCAUUCGCCUUGAGAACCACUGGCUCGUUCACAAGGUCUGCAGUGGGGUGGUUUCGACCACCCAUCAGUGGUGGAGUGGCAUGGGGAUUUCAGACUUUUUUUUUUUUUCCUUCUUUUUCAAGGCAUGAGAUGCGAAUCCUGACGAUAUCGCGAUCAUCAUGGGACAGUUUACCUUUCUUACCACAGAGCACAAAAUUGCAAAAAAGUCAUUGAAACUAUCAAACAUGACCAGCAUUGAAUAUUCAGCUCGGCGUCAUUUGAUGUUUCAGCGAAGGCUUUUUUCCCCCUCUUAUUUUAAUCUUUCGAACGACGGCGUCUUUGACGUCCUGCUGUCUUUUUAAAACACCCUGUGUACGCUUACAUUGGCAAAUGCUUGAAUGCUUUUGCUCUGAGUGAUUUCCUCAGGGGAUUGUGGACUGUCCACACUCAUCACGUGAAUCCCUGCUUGAGGUAAGAGAAACUAAACGGGGACAUUUAGAUGAGGCUAACAGGCAGUCGUGGUGAUCAAUCAACCGCAAGAAAGUAGAAGAAAAGGAAGGUGGCUGAGGCAGAGAAGGAAACAUGUUAAAGUCAGAGGUUUAGGGAAAAGAGUGGACUUUUUCAUACCAGAUGCCACUGUUUUUUCCACCUUAAUGAAGCCAUAUUAAAGGUCACGUCGACCACCCAAAUACAACGAAAGCUAAUCAGGUUGAAAAGAAGUGUUUGAAAUUCAGAAAUGAACUUGAUCCGAAAGACUUUUGGUUCCCGUGGAUUCAAAUUGUUCCGUUAUUAACCCCCAGUCACUCACAGCAGAAAACGCCAUCCAGUACUGAUCGGGCGGUGGCAGAGAGAUGAAAUAAAACAGCGAAUGAGACCAGAAUCAGUGCCUAUAACCGCUCACCCUCGGAUAAACAGCCACAGCACAAGCAUGAAUGUAGUUCCAGUCAAACGACCAGCAUUUUCAACAACCUUCCUGACACCAGAGGGCUUAAGAAACCCACAGAAAAAGGACUUGUUUUAUUUAUGUAUUUUUAUUGUUUGAAUAAAAAGCGAGUGAGUCUAGCAGCUGGGCUGAUUGAGGGACAGGGGAUACAAAAGCCACCUUCCUUCUCUGUGAGGUAAAAAAUAGAGGUUGUUAGAUUUUAUUUUCCCCUUCUGUGGCUGUUUGAUUUGUGCUGAGCAGUUCCUCCUGAGUUGAUCCACUUUGCUUUCGUCAGACAUUUUGCUGCCGUGUGCAUCGUUUCGUUGUGUAGUUUUACUGAAAUAUGGGAUAUAUCUAUUUUUUUUUCGUAGCAACUUGCUGAGUACAGGAAUGAGUGGGACGCAGUUUCCUUUCUCGAUUUUUGUAUCUUCUCUUCAAACUGUCCGAAGGAUUGUAGUUUUGUAACUUCUUCCAGGAAUGACACUUUCUGAACACAGCAAGAAUGUACUGCACCGUUGUUUCUCACCUGCUUCUCAUUUCUGCACACACGUGACAAUCAUGUUGCGCUUUAGACAUUAUGUUUGAGUUAGAAAUAGUUGACAUUUGUGUACAGAGUUCUUUUAGCAUAUCAACUUGUUCCGGUGAAUCCUAAUGUGUUAGAGCUUUAAAAAAAUGAUUACAAAAUGUUGCCGUAAUAUUUUUUUUCCUCCCAUCUUCUAAGCUACAGUCAAUUCCAACAUGUGCAGCGAUCACUGAAGAUGUGAUUCUGUUGCACGCAGAGCGUUCAUUCACCACAUCAUUAGGCUGAGAUUUGAUUCAUGAAAUAGAAGUCUACAUGUGAUGUAAAUACAUAUUUGAAACAGUCUUAUUUGCAGUGACGUUUCAUCACAAGAUGCUGAUUCUCUUGUUAAACUGAAUCAAUAAACGCUGUCAACUUCA